AUCUAAUCUAUGAUUUUGGAUUUUGGUUAUAUGUAGUUUGGCAUUAAGCAUUUUUUUGCAAUAAAUUAUCAAAAAAUGAAUAAUUCUGCAGCUAAAGUUGGGGAAAUUUUUAGAGAGGCGGGAACUGCAUUCAAUAAAUUAUCAGAGAUGACAAUGCUUCUUCAUCCCAUGGGAGAUUCGCAGCCGGGAGGUAAAUGGACUGAAGAAGAAAUAGAAAUGCUGCGCAAUUGUGUACAUAGAUUUGCAGUAGACCUGAAUAAACUCAGUCAACACAUUAAGAAUAGGACAGUAAAUCAAAUUCGAUCAACGUUGAAGAAGAAAGCUUUUGAAGACGCAGGUAUACCUGUGAGACAGGUAAGCGGCACAACAGGAAAUAUGGGUCAGCCACAAUCCCAGGUAGCAUCCCCACUGGCUGCCAUCAUCCCGCAGUCAGUGAUAGGAAACAAUGCCGAGGUAACGCUUAACAUGUUGAACGCAUCCGAGAACGAAGUUGACGUUGAAGAACUGACAAAUGACGUCAAACUUGAGUUCGAGAGCGAACCCGGAAACGAGGAGGUAGCCAUCAGAAAUUUGUUCUAGCAAUUGAUAUAUUGAUAACCCCAUUCGUAACGGCUUUGUGUAAAUUGAGUGACGCGUGUGUUCCACCUUUCAUAGGAAGUCAGUACCGUAUCGGAUUCUUAACAAACAGAAUACAGGACAGGCCAAAAUACUGAACUUCAGCUUCCCAUCAUCGGAAUAUUCGUUGUUUAACCGUAUCUACUAUCCGAAACGCACUUCAGACACGAGGCUUGUUUCACGAACGAAAAAUAUAAUUAACUGGCAGCUAAGGUGACAAAGGCAGGGGAAAAAUUAAAUAACGCCUCUAGCUAGCUUUUACCAGAGCAUUAGUUUUUAAAUAUGGCGCUGUGAAGUAAUGUCUAAAUUUAAUUUAGUUCUUUGCAUUCGCGACAACGGCCGCUUAAGUCUGGAGUAUUUAUGAAAGUAUUAAAUGGGUACUAUGAGUUUUAUAAGUCGGCCAUUUUGCGUAACACCAAAGUAAUUUUAAAUUUAAUCUUAUUGUUGAAUUUUCUUGACAUUUGUAUUAUUUGAUUAAACGCAAACUGAAGAGUUUCAUAUGAAAAAAGUUUAAAUAUUGGUCAAAAUGGGAAUGCAAAUACAAUAUGUUAAACAAAAUCAGCACUAUUGUUUUUUGAAUUAAAAAAACAACGUAAAAGAGACGCUUCCUGAGCAGUUGAUCAAUGUUUUGGAAUUAAACUGACUUGAGAUUAAAAUGCCUAUUUAUCACACAACAAACAUGAGAAUAUAGUUUAGGGAAUAAACGAUUGCCCUAAAGCGAACGGAAAACCUUAUUCGCUAACGAAAAUAAUACAAAAAUACACUGUGAUUUGUAUUAUUUCACAAUGGCAAUUUACAGCUAACACCGAAAAAAAAGAAAAAUUAAAUUUGAAUUAAGAUAUGUAAUUUUUGUCAUGUUGUCAUAAAAAAUUAGCAGUGCUGCCAUCUGUUUUCGUUUUUGAGAAACAAUUUGUAUACACGAGAUUUGAUGGUAUAAACUGUUUCGGUCGUUUUUUUUAAUGUAAAAUAAAUAGUUGUCAGUGGUUGUUAUUAGAAAAUUUUGUUUGGGUUUCUUUAACUCGUGUGUAGUACGGUCUUGUCAAUAACUUUUUAGUUAUUAUUCGUCUGCAUCACGCAACUACCUCAGAAAGCGUAACUCUUAAAUGGCGGACUAGUAAAAUUAUCUACAUACUUAUAGAUACUACAAAAAAGAUAUAUAUUGUAUUUGGUUUUUCCAGAUCUAAGAGAAUUAAGCUAUCGUUGUGGCCUUAAAAUUUCGAACAUUCUAGUGCGGAAACAUAAAACUAAAAUAUUUAGAAACGAAUUCAAAGCUAUGUAACUUUAUAAUGCUCGAUUGUGCGAACGGUAUCGAGAAUGUAGUUCAUUGUGCUUAUUGCGAAUUAUUUAACGUUUUCGAUAGCGUAAAAGUUAACUCUUAUUUAUAUGGAGUUGGAACGUUUGUCUACGUUUGCCGCUAGAGGCGCUGUUAC